GUGGCGAUGGUCCCAGCUCGUCUCAGGUGUCUGUGAACAGAGUCUAGAGGCAGCUGCUCUCUGCAGGUUUGAUGUCCCAUUCAAAGGCUGGUUGCUUGUGCUGAAAAUGACCCUGCCUCUUCGCCGUGCAGGAAUGGCUACCACUGGGAACCUUUCUGAAGAGCAGGUGCACUGCUCCAUCUGUCUGGACGUCUUCACCAACCCCGUGUCCAUCCCCUGUGGGCACAACUUUUGCCAGAGCUGCAUCCUGGGAUACUGGAAGACCAGCCCUUUGUAUCAGUGUCCCAUGUGCAAGAAGUCCUUCCACAAAAGGCCCGAUAUCAGCGUGAACACUGUGUUGAGGGAAAUCGCAGAGCAGUUCAAGCAGAUCAGGGUCAAGAGCACUGAAGAGGAAGGAGGAGGAGGAGUAGGGAAAUCAAAGAAGUGGACGAUGGAGAGGAGGAUGAAGGAAGACGAGGAGAGGCUUUUGGAGAAAGAUCAGAAGCAUCAGCUUCUGGAGGAGUUGAAAGAAAAACAAGAGGAGGAAAGAAAAAAGAAACAGGGGUUGAAGGAGAAUCAAGGAGAGGACUUACCGCCAUUAAUUCCUCCAGCGCCGGCACCCAAAACCUCUCCUCCACCAUCCCCCCAGGCAGUAGCUCAGGCUCCAUCACCACCGCCCCAAACAUCACCUCCACCAUCACCUCAUAGUCCUGACUCUCCACUUCCUCAGUCCUCCCCUUCAUCCCCGUCCCCUUCACUCUUGCUUCCAUUGUGGGAGGAGGUCUUGUGUGACGUUUGCCUGGGGGAGGGCCGACCAAAGGCCGUCAAAUCCUGCCUGGUGUGUUUGACAACCUACUGCGAGGAACAUCUCAAAUCUCACUCUGCCAGGUUCACCAAGCACAAGCUGAUGGAGCCCGUCGCUAACAUGGAGGACAGGAUGUGCCCAAAGCACGAAAGGCUCCUGGAGCUGUUCUGUAAGAAAGAUCAGACCUGCGUGUGUGUCCUCUGCACUGAGACGGACCACAGAGCGCACUACACUGUCCCUGUGGAAAGAGAGUGGACUGAGAAGAAGGCACAGUUAAAGAAGACAGAAAUAGACGUCCAGCAGAUGAUCCAGGAAAGACAGAAGAAGGUGGAGGAGAUCAAACACUCAGUGGAGCUCAAUAAGGCCAGUGCUAAGAAAGAGAUCGACGAAAGCAUGCAGGUCUUCUCGGAGCUGGUGCGCUCCAUCCAGAAGGCUCAGGCUGAGCUGGUCUUGGUCAUCGAGGAGAAGCAACGCCAGACGGAAAGCUGGGCUGAAGGCCUCAUCACCGAACUGGAACAGGAAAUCUCUGAUCUGAAGAGGAAGCAUUCAGACCUGGAAAACGUGGCUCGGACCGACCACAUUCACUUCUUAAAGAGCUUCCCCUCCCUCAGCACUGCUCCUUCUGUUAAGGACUGGUCUGAGACCAGUGUUCCCACUGACACAUGUGUAGGCCUGAUCCGGAGAUCUGUGUCCAAACUGGAGACUGCAUUAAGCGAAAUGAUUAGCAUACUAUCUGAAAGUGAGAUCAAAAAGAUUCUUAAAUAUUCAGAGGAUGUCACCCUGGACCCCGACACGGCCAAUCCCUGGCUGCAGCUCUCUCAGGACAGGCAUCAAGUGAGGCAUCUGGGGGCAUGGCAGGACCUGCCGGACCAUCCCGAUCGCUUUGACACUGUGGUCAUCGUACUGGGCCGUGAGGGCUUCACUUCAGGCAGGCACUACUGGGAGGUCCAGGUGGGGGACAAGGAUGACUGGUACUUAGGGGUGGCCAGGUCCUCUGUCAACAGAAAGGGAAGGAUUUCUGUGAGUGCUGCCCACGGUUACUGGGCUCUGGCCAUGAAGAAAAGCCAAGGGUAUCGGGUGUCAACAUCCCCACCGUCACUGCUCUCCCUAGAUCCCAAGCCCAAGAGAGUGGGCGUGUACGUGGACUAUGAGGAGGGGCACAUUUCGUUUUAUGAUGUGAAAGCUCUGACUCACAUUUAUACAUUUGAAGAAACCUUCACAGGGAAGAUUCUGCCCUUUUUCUAUCUGUACUGCUGCGACAAAGCCUCCGAUACCAUGGUGAUCUGCCCUGUACACGAGAAAGGCCCGAAGCAAAGCUGAAAACUAGGAAAACUCUUAAUUAUGAUACAAAAAUGGGAUCUCAUGAAACGGUGGCCUUUUUUCCGAUGUUUGGUAGCAAAGUAUUUUAGCCUGGCAAGCCAUCCUAUAUGUUUGGAUAUUUACUCUGUGGGGUGGGAUCUACAGUUGUCUUUCAAACUGUCUCCUCAGACAAUGAACAACAUGACAUACUCACUACUACAGAUGUCAGCCAACGACGCAGUCCUCCAUAAACUGUUGUAGAAGAAGCAAAUCUAUCCUUUUACAUAACAAGCUUAAGUUCCUCUGUCUGCUCUUGACUCAAAGAAAAGCUCAAGUCUAAAUAGUUCAAAGUUAAUGCCAAAGCAGUUUCAAACGAGCCACCGCCAUCUUUGUUGUUUGCUCUGUGCAUCAAACUGCCCACUAAACCUAUAGAGCUGUGCUUUGAUUGGUUUCCCAAACUGAUAGACUGAUAGAACACAAAACUGAUUGGGCCAAUCCUGGACCUUCUGAGAAUCCUGUUGAGUGUGGCUAGACCGACGUGCAGAGCAGAAGCAUUUUGCUUCGACUACCGUUGGUCUAGAAUUCUAAGCUAAAGGGUUUUGGCUAAAUUGUCAAAAAUUCUGUGAAUUAAUUUGUAACAUAAAAAUGAAGAUGUGCCGUUGAAGGUUGUCAGCUAUCCAGGGCACGGUGAGUCCUAGAGGGUUUCAAUGAAAAUCUACUGGACUUACUGAAAGGCCUUUCUCAUUAAAGGAGUUAUUAUUUAUUUAUUUAUUUUCAUUUCAUGCAGAAAAACAUGCAAUGUCAUGAAAUUUGAUUAGCAAAUUAGCUUGCAGGAAAUUUAGGAUAUAAAGUUUUAUGAUAUAAAGUAGGCCAUCUUCAUUUAUCCCCUUAUUCCCUUGCCUGGCCUCUACGGACUCAGCUAAACAUUUAGGCGAGCCUAGAGCGUUGACCAAAAACAGUCGCACAAGAGGAACCUGUCGAUCAAUGAGAAUACGCUCCAUCCCAGCAUGCCCUAUGGGGUAAUGCAGAUGCCUCAGUCAGCUUAGCACACCAACCUAGAUUGCAUUGAAAAAUAAUAAGUAAAAUUCAAGCUAACUGUGGAAGAGGAGGGAGGGAUGGAAACAGAUUUGAUCUGUACUGGCUCUAAGUAAUUAGCUGGAUUUCACUUUACAUUGGAUUAUUGUUUUAGCUUGUAGCAUUAGCAGUGGUGUGCUACCAUCACGAGUGCUGGAUUCCUGUCUAUUUUCCUCCUUGAACACCACAUAUUUGAUUUAAUUAGUGAUAAUCAGCUCCUGCAGAACCUAAUGAAGGUUAAGGAGAUGAUUCAGCAUUUAGAAUCAGGUGUGUCUGAGCAGGAACUUAUUGUCCUUUAGCGCUACAAAGCUGUUUGUGUAGAGGUAUGAGGCAUUGCUUUCAGCUCCUUCCAGAAGGGGAGAGAGCAGGAGCUGUAGCCAUUCAAAUAUAAAAAUUUUCUUUUUUCUCUUUGAUCACCUCUCCCUUCAAACCCCAGCUUAAACAAAGAUCUCUCAUUUUAAUGGGAAAAAGUGAUUUGGAAAACAACUUCAAGGAAGAAAAACAAAAGUCAGAAUUUAACAUUAACUGAGAUGAGUCAUUUUUUGGGGGAAAUUUAAUUAUUUACAUUUUUGACUAAAAAGAAAAACAAAACAAUGCAAACAUUUGCACAUUGUGUUACUUUUACACAUUUUAGAUCUUUGAUGGUAAGGUUGUGUUUUCUAUGCUUCCCUACUCUAAUUCUCAGGGCCUGAAUUGAAUAGCCCCAUUUUAGAGGUUUCUCUGCUUCAGCACACUUUACAUUAACAAGUAAUAUAACAAAGCUUGAUGACCUGCUGAACAGGGGAUUUAAUCAUUCAGUCAAGUGUGCUGGAGCAGUGAAACAGCUAAAACAUGCUGGAUAGAACACCUCUUUGGUAAGCUAACUGUCAACUAUGGUUAUUGCCAAGACAAAACCCUUAUCAUGAUUUAAUGAUACUUUUUUGCCAUUUGACUCUUUGUAUGCAUGGACUAGAACCAAACCCCACACAAUAAAGUUUAGUUUUGGGUUAUGAGAGUUAUUUUAACCCUCUAGAGGCAGGCGUUGCAGAUUUGCAACAGUUAAAACCUACUUACCUGGGGCCUCAUUUAUCAAUCUUGCUUAUGCACAAAACGGGGUAGGAAAAUUGCGUAAGCAACUUUCCACGCAAACUUUGGGAUUUAUGAAAGAAAACUUAGCGGAAAAAUGUGCACAACUUUAAGUUGCUUACGCUCAUUUUGGACAUGGAGAGCACCUGCAGUGCUGCUGCUGAGAAGGAUAAAAUUAUGAAACCCUGCAGCAUUAUCACUUGUACUGCUUCGUUUUCACACAGAACAAGAACCCCCACGUGCACACACACGCGCACACACACACCCACAUGCGCGCACACUCACACACACGUGCGCGUGCACGCACACAUACAGCCUGAAGCGCAGAAUACGGAAUGCAGAAUAUCAGCAGGGGGACAGAUUGAGACAGAAUGUCAUGCGUCUGUGACAGUGUGUGUCCUGUCACUGUGACCCGAUUGAUGAUGUGCCCUGGCUACUUGGACAAGGAAGAUUUCUGUUUGGCUGAUUGGUUAGCACAUGUGACUUUCACCCUGGGAGUCUGGGGAUCGAAUCCUGACUGGAUCAUUUUUUUUAUAUCCGCCACAGAUCUCUCUAAAGAACUCAGCAUUGACGGCUUCAGCAAUGUUAUGGCACUCCGUGGAUUUUCUCUUAUUUGUUUUGCAAAAGCACUUCCUUUCAUUUCUCUGCCUCACCCACAGGUACCUCAACUUCUGCUUGUGAAAUAGCGCUUCCUUGAUCUGCGGUCGUGAUCGAAAUGCUGCAACAAGCCGGCUGAUGUAUAUGCAUGAGAUCCACAAGGCACUUUGCAUUGACUAUUUAUGGCAAUAAGUGGGCGUGGUGAGGGCGGGAUGUGACUAAAAAACAGCUGAGAACCUUUCUUGAUAGUCUCUGAUUUAUGAAGCGGAGAUUGCGUGCAGCUGUGCGUACUCCAUGUAUGAUAGAUCACAAACCUACUUGACGUAAGUACAUUUGUUUUGCUGAGCUCAAGUACUGUUUUAGUAAGGAUUCUACGCAAUGUUUGAUAAAUGAGACCCCUGGUAACUCCACAUACGUAUUUCAUGAGCAUUUUUCAACUCAGAAGUACCCCUGAAGGACUUAGUUGUUCGUCACUUAUUUUGAGCCUGAGAGGGUUAAAUGGUUUACAAUAAAUGUCCCAUGUUUCUGGAAGCCCAAUCGUUUGCUUCUUGUCUAAGAAUGGUAAAUUAGUUUUUAAGUUUAAUUUCAGUAAAACAAUGUGGCUUGACCACACCCGAGAACCAGAAGCUGUUUCACCUCCUAACAUUGUAGCACAUAUGCAUCGGUGCAGAGACGGGGCAUGCACAAGUGUACUUCAAAAGUGGAUUAGGAUCUUGUAAGAAACAGUAAAAUCUCUGAAUUUUACAGCACAAAUAGAAGAAUGCAAAUAGAAGAAGAAACAAUCUUUAAUUUAGGGCCUCUCAGGAUAAAAAUCACGAGGAGCUUCACAAGGACAAAAAUAAAAAUAAUUUAAAACAUUUAAAAUCUCAUAAAAAUUAGAAAAAGGAAAUGUGAAUUAAAAAAAUGUAAGUAAAGGGAGAAAGAAAAAGAAUAAGAGUCAAAGGACUCCAAAGUACUUUACACUACAGUGUAUCAUUCAUCCAUUCACACACACAUUCACACACUGAGGGUGAUGAGCUACAUUGUAGCCACAGCUGCCCUGGGGCACAUUGACAGAGGCGAGGCUGCCGAGCACAGGCGCCACCGGUCCCUCCGACCAACAGGGAGUUGGCUGCUCUCUCAGUCUUUGCACUUUCCUAUUGGAUGAAAACCAGGAAACUGUGUGUGACGUGGAAGUUCCAUGCCUAUUCUAACUGAAAAAGUUAUGACAAAUGCAGGUGUUAACACUUGAAAACCUGAACUGAAAACACAAUUCCAGCCUACUUAGAUUGGACAGAUUGUCUAACAAGAUCAGAUAGAAACCCGGAGUCAGAAUGACCCAGGUCAUGCACUAAUUAUCGUACACUUGUCUUGAAAAGUUUGUACACCCCUGGUUUAUAGCAUGAAUUCAUGACAAUUGUAUAAUUAAUAAAUAUACACUGAUUA